UGUCCCCUCUCCUCUCUUCUUUAUCUUUCUCCUCUCUGUCUUUCUUUCUGCUUCUUAUUUAUUUUUACUUUUUUUUUAGGUCAAACGGCUGUCUCCUUUUUGCUUAUUUACAGCCUUUACUUAAAUUUAUAUGUCUACUUUUCCUCCCAAUAUUCAAAUUAUUCUUUUUUGAGGGCCACCAUCUUAAAAACCUUCCCCUUUUCGCAUAACUUUUAUUUUUUCGAAAGCUUUUUGGUGGCUUUUUUGGUUGGAAAGUGACGCCUUUUUGCCACUUUUUUUCAUAUUUUUAUAAAACAAACGUCAUUUCUUUCCAAAAUAUUUUUUAAAAAAUAAUAUUAAAAAUAUAGUAAGUAUUUGGUUUCGUUGCCUAUUUUUUCUUCAAAAAAAUUUUUUUUUAAUUUCCAAUUUUUAUUUUUCCUUCGCGGAAAUUUUAAAAUUUAUUUUUCUCAAUUAAAAGCAUUUUGUUUUAUUUUCCUCUUUUGACAUAAUUAUAUGUUAUACUUUUAUUUUUUUUAAAAACGUCUUCUCGUCUCUUAAAUGACAAUUAUUUCCGUAACAAUUUUAUUAAAAAAAUUUUUUGCUAAAUCUUGCAAUUACAUUUACUUUUUAUUUUGGUUAAGCCACAAGAUUGAACCAGUAAAUUUUGAUGGUUUUGAUGCGAGGCGAAAUUCUUCGUGUUCCAAUGUUUUUUUUCUAAUUUCAGAAUUCUUUAAAAAAUUCCAAUUUUUCGAUAUUCGAAAGUUAGUAGUUCCGAUUUUAACGGAACUACUUUACGUAAAAGUUUGGAUGACCAUCUCCCAUUUUUCUUGUUUCCCUGACCAUUUUGAGCUUUUUGUUAUGAUUUUAUUUUAUAUCAUUCGAAGGAACAUCUCGAGCAGGUCGAUGAUAUCGGCUAGUUUUGAUGGGGGAUGGUCAGCCAAAUUAUUGCCCUAAUUAUAACGGAACCCCCCUCCCUCCCCAAGACCUCUAGUUUUGUUAUGAAUUCUAAAGGAUUGUGUUAAUUUUUGACUUAAUUUAUUUCUUUUCUAAACAGAAAAAAAUUAUAAAAAAAAUUUUAUAUCCAAAUUUUAUAUUAUUGGAGCUGCUAAAAUUCUUCCCUUUAGAACCCUUUUAAAAUGAAUUCCCCAAAUUUGCAACGUACAAGAGAAAGGAGAAGUAAAAUAAUUUUUAAAAGAUUGAGAAAAAAGAGAAGAAAAGAAGGGAAAGAAUUUAAUAAAAAAUUAAUAAAAAAUAAAAGAAUAUUUUCAACAAAAAUAUUUUUAAUUUUAUUUUCAACAAUUUUAUUAAAUGAAUUUAUUUUAAAUAAUGUUGAGGCUAUUCGUUGUUAUUGUACAGAUGAGCAUUGUGUCCCUUAUGGUGUUUGUGAAUCAAAUGUUUGUUUGGUUGGAUUGCUUAGGGCUAAUAAUGCAGUAAUCAGAACGUGUGGCAGUCAAUCAUUAGGUUGUCAAAGAAAUGUGGAUAGAUGGAGCCAUUUAUGUUCUUGUGACGAAAAUUUUUGCAAUACUUUUUUAUUUCUCAAAGCAAAUACAAAUAUUGACGGGCCUAGAAAUCGUCUUUCAUUAGAAAACCCUUCAAAUAAACAGUCUGACUCGUCAGAUCAAAGAAUAUUUGAAAGAGUAGAUCAACCAUCUAGUGGAGAAUUUGCAACGUUUGACCAUCAAUUAGAUAAUGAGCCAAUGCCAAUCAAAAAUUCAAAUUUGCUCACUCUUCUGUUAGUCAUUGUCCCCCUCUCUGUUGGAGCUGCAGCGGUUGUUGUUGUUGCUAUUAAUUAUUAUUGUCAUCUUUGUUAAUUUUUUAUAUCUUUUUUUUAUAUCUUUUAUUGUUAGUAUAAGGUUUUUAUUUUUAUUAACACUAGAAAUCCCGUGAUCCCUCUUAAAAUUGAAAAGAUGAAAAGUUUUGGGAAUAAAUAAAAUUUUUUCCUAAAAAUUAAAACAGUCGGGCCUCACUUAUGCAACGCU